CCUACCACCUCUGAUUCUCCUCGGGUACUGCUUCGCCGCUCCCUUCUUCCCUUACGGCUCCAUGUGUUAGCCCGUCGGAACAUUCAAAAGGUGUCUUUGGCCCCGCCGAGGAGCGAUGGAGCGUCCACACAACAUGAUGCAGCAAGCCGGCGGCAACGUCGCGCAAGGCAUGCAGCGUCCCCAGUCGGGCAAUCGCGACCAGCAAUUGCAUGCUGUCAUCAUGACCAACUUGAAGAAUAAGGCGCAUACCCUUCCCAGCGGCUGGCAGACUACCUUCGAGCCACGCCUAAGGGCGGAGCGGAUAAUGCAAUUGGUGACCGCUCUGCGACUCCUCCACCAGGACAUGUCCAAGUGUCUUCAAACCGCCGAGAUCUUCGAGGAGCGCUGCAUCCACGAUUCCUCCACCAAAGAAGAGUACAUGAAGAAGAUAUCGUCAAAGCUGGCGGAAGUCCAGGUGAGGAGGGCGCAAAGCGUACAGCAGAUGCAGGCCGCGACGCAGAUGCCUGGGAUGCAGAUGAACAUGCAAAACUAUGUCAUGCCUCCCAACAAUGGCAUGGCGGGGAUGAAUUUCAUGCAGAACCCCGGCAUGACUGGCAUGAACAUGAACAACUUUGCGAACAUGGGGGUAAACAUGCAAAAUGCCGGGACUAUGGGUGGUCAACAAAACCAGAACUUCAACGCUCAGCUGCAACGCCCGAUGCAGGCUUCGCCACUGCCACCUCAGCAGCAAGCUCAACAACAAGCUCAACAACAAGCCCAGCAGCAAGCUCAACAGCAAGCCCAGCAGCAAGCCCAGCAACAAGCCCAGCAACAAGCCCAGCAGCAGGCCCAACAGCAAGCCCAGCAGCAGGCCCAACAGCAAGCCCAACAGCAAGCACAGCAACAAGCACAGCAGCAGGCCCAGCAGCAAGCGCAUCAGCAAGCGCAACAACAAGCCCAGCAGAACAACACACUGGAUCCGUCAACGUUGCAAAUGCCUCAGAUGACCAGGCAGCUUUCGAACAUGGUGCAGCCUACUGCGCAGUCUCAGUCUCAGCCGCCUCAGCCGUCUCAAGCUGAGAUCGGGGCAAUGGCGAGGAAGAUGUUUAGCGAAGCCACGGAAGAGCACAAGGCCGCCAUUCGAAAUCACUUUCUCAGCCAAUACGACGAGCAGAAAAGGCCACAGCUUCUCGCGCAGAAUGACCCGGCUGUCCGCUUCUUCUUGAUCCAGGCCAAGGACAGACUGACCAAGAUGAGAGCUCUCCAGAUGGCCCAACAAGGCGGCGCUCCUCAGAACGGCAGCAACCCCAUGCCCGCUGCGAACAUGCAAACUGCGAAUGCACAGGCCGGUGCGGGCGGGUUCGACUUUACGGGCAUGCUCGGGCAACAAGCAAACGCCAUCAAGCUACAAGAGUCCGGUGAGCAAGUCGUCCCGGCGAGUAACAAUCCGAAUCUUGGGGUCGGGGGACAGGCGAAUAUGCCGCAGGGCAUGAAUCCGCAGAUGCUCUCUCAAAACGGGCAGCCGGUGAAUCAGCAGCAGCUACAACAGAUGAUCCAGAUGCAGCGUGAGAAGCAAAGGCAGCAAUUGCAGCAAAACCAAAUGGCCAAUCAGUCCAUGGCGCAGCAACAGCAACAGCAGCAGCAGCAAGGGCAACAAUUACGAGGCCCAGCAGGCACGCUCAAUGCGCCGAAUGCGUUGAAUGGAGCGCAAGUCAACAGCCCCGCGAUGAACAUGCUCAAUCGGCCAAUGGUACCACCAGGGCAGCAAGCACAGGCGACGCCUCAGCAGAAUCGCGCCCAGCCUGUACAACAGAAGCCAGGCAACGGAGCAAACCAGGUGAUCCAGCAUCAUCAGAACAUGCUCAAUCAGAACAUGCAGAGCGGUCAGGUGUACAAUCAACGGCAGCAAGUCAUCGACGCAUUGCCGCAACAGAUCCGGGACAAGCUCGCGGGAUUGCCCCCUCAGCAAGUCAACCAGGUCCUGGCCAGCUUCGCCGCUCGCCAGCAGAAUCAGAAUGCGAAUGUCGGGAAUCCUCAGCAAGGAGCUGCCGGUGCUGUGCAACAGGGCAUCAAUCCGAACGCUAUGCAAAUGGGCAAUGCAGCGGCUAUGGCUGGGAUGCCUCCCAAUAUCAAUUCAGCGAUGGCGGGAUUUCCCUCGCAACCUCCGGCGAAUAAUCAGCAGCAGCUCUCACAACAAGGCUCGACCGACCCGUCGCUCCAAAUGCGUGCGCAACAAGCCCAGUUCAAGGCGAAGGCCUUUGACUUGCGGCCCUUUCCCCGGCAGAUGUUGAACACUUUUGGCAUCCAAGUUCCGGACAACAUCAUCGACUGGGGGUCGCUGAAGCAACAUAUCUUGAAAAAUCAUACUAUGUUACCUCCCAACACGUCUUUGAGGGUGCAGCAGGCGCAGAAUUCAUGGUUCGAAAGUCGUCCUGAAGAGCAGAGAGUGGCGCUGCAAAAUCUUCAACAGCGACUCCAAGCUAUGUCGGCCGCUCAGCAGCAGCAGCAACAGCAGCCGCCCUCGCAGCAACAACAGCAACGUCAGCAGCAGAUGCCUGUCGCACGGCCGGAAUCAGUGCCAAAUGGACAGCCUCCGCAGGCGCCCGUGAACCAGCAGGCAAAGAAUUCGCAGCAAAUUCAGGACGGCGUUACUGCUUCAAAUCUGAACGCCCAGCAGAUGAGGCAAAUCGGCAUUCAACAGCCCAGCCAGUUGGACAUACAACGUUUCCGAGAGAAUGUUCCGGCCGCUAGAGGUCUCUCUGAUGAUGACAUACGCAAUGCUAUCAUGGGAAGGAAGUUUGAUCUCGCUCGGCAAGCGGCGCUUCAGCAGCAGCAGAAUAUGCGGAAUCAGAUGCAGAAUGGCCAGCAAAUGUUGGGAGGUGGACAACAGCAGACCAAUGUCCUUCAGCAAGGAAAUCAGCAGCAGCUUCAGCAACAGCAGCAACUCCAGCAGCAGCAGCAUCUUCAACAGCGGCAAGCGCCACCACCCGCACAACAGCAACAAGUCCAACAGGAGGCUAAGCCACAGCCAAACAGACAGAUUCAGGGCCAGAAGCGCUCACAGCCGAGUGGGGACGAUGUGAUGGAAAUACCGAAUCCCAAUGGUCCAGCACCGACAGCGGCUAUGCAAAUGAACAGAGUGCAGCGUCCACCAGGACAAGGUCAAGCUGCUGCACGCCCUCCGAGUCUCGAAGAACUCAACAAAAUGCCCAUGGAACAGAGGUUAUUGAUUAUGCAAAAGUACCGACAGAUGGGAGGGCCCAAGAACGCGCAAGGCGCCGCCCAGCAACCACCGCAACCGAACCAAGCAUCCGCCCCUUUCCAGCAACAGCCCAAUCAAGCCCCGCAAGUCAAUGCACAAAUGCCAAUUACUCCGGAGGAGCGGACGAAAAUCCGUGAGCUGUACCAGGGCGUCGUUGCCGCCAAUCCCAAAGGUCCCCCGAUCCAGCUCGACGCUCAAGCGCGAGAGCAGGUUUUGGCGAGUAUCAAGAAACUGUGGCUACCCAUCCUGAACCUUGAGAGGACGUACUUGCUCGCCCUGCGAGCUCUGGGUGAGGAAUCGGUAAAGGAAGCCAUGCGGUGCAGAGUUCUAGCUGUGACAAAUUUCGCCGACGCCGAGGGUACACCCAAGGAGUAUGUUGCUCUUGGACCUGUGGAUAUGCGGCAGAUGGAGAUGGUGAUGAAUCGCUACUUGACCGCCCUGAAGCAGGUGAAGAUCAAGCAAGAUGGCACACCUGCACAACCGCAGCAGCAGGCACCGCCGCAUUCAAUGCAGCAGGCACUACCGCAGCCACCCGUGAAGCCCCCGCCGCCAGAGAGGAAGGCGUCACAACAGGGUCGCAAGGCUUCGGCAAGCACGAAAGCACCACCUGCGCCCACCGAAGAAAAGAAAUUCGAUUGGGGCUCGCCGAGUCCUCAUGGAGUGCCCAAAUACGAGGCGCCCCGGACCGAGUUCAAUCUGAAGAUACCCGCGCAGAAGAAGCGGAAGACUGGCGACAGCCAAGAAUCGAAAGCCGGCAGUCCGAGCGUGGUCGACACGAAACCGCAAGCGAUGGAAGCAGGAGCGGUCAAGCCUCCACAAGCGCCGCCUCCUCAGAAGCCCGCCGAGCCCGAGAAGCCCAAGUUUACGUGCGACGAGAUCUUCUGUGAAGCGGCCAUAUAUGGCUUCCAUACAGAGGAAGAGUUGAAGGCGCACAAGGCUUCCGAGCACCAGCCGAUUGCGGAUCCCCUCAAGUUCUUGGUAGACAACAUGGCCAGUGCGUUGGGCGUGGACGAGGACGGCAAGCCCUUGCCGGAGAAGAAGGCGGCCAAGGCUCCAGCUCAACCUCGUGCAGCCGUCGUGCGGCCUGCGAGCAAAGGCGGCGCUCAGACGCCGAGUGGCAAGGAUGGCACUACUCCUGCAACGCCCGCAUCGUUGGUCAAAGGGACGAAAGCGGCUGCAACGCCAGCUGGGCAAAAAGCAACCGAGGGAGCGAAGCCGGCCGAUGCGACGACUGCAUCACCGGAAGAAAAGAAGACGCUCCUGGACUUCGUGGCCGGCAAGACUGGCUUCGAACUGCCCUCCACCGCAUCAACCGACGCCCCCGAGCCGGACGCCUCUGCUCUGGAUUCCUUGUUCCCUUCGAAUCUGCCAACCGAUCUCGCCAAUCAGAGCGGCUGGGAAGACGUGCAUGGUUUCUCCGACAUGCUGGACGUCACCAAUUGGGGCUUUGGAGCCGGCUUUGACCUUUCGUCUGUGUCGCCCGAGCUCACGCCCAGCGGCAGCAGUCAUUCCAGCGACAUCUCGCAGUCGGAAAGGCUGCGUAUCAAUCUCGAGUGGGAUGCUUUUGGGAAUGGCGAUACCGGGGUGCCGGAGAUUCUGUCGUUGAAGCAAUUGGGGCUAGACACGCCGAAGGAGGCCAGCGGCGAUGGUGAUACUGCGAUGCUGGAUGCUGGAUCGGAGGAGGUUGCAGAGGGGGCGGAGGGGAAAGAGCAGAAGAAGAAGACGGAGGCGGACGGAGAUUUGGCUUGGGCGGCGGAUCUGGUGCAGUGGGAUUCGGCUUGGUUUCCUGAGGGCGACGAUGAGCCGAGUGCGCCGAAGAAAUUGUUCGAUGCGAGGGCGCCGUUUUGAGGGGAUUCGGGCUGCCAAUCCCCAGGGCUCUGGUGGGUUUUCGGAUUGGGCGAUGGGGACACAUGGGGCGAAGGAACGAACGGCACGCAGCGAUGGUGUUGGCGGGAGUUUUUUCAUUUUCCCGAGAUUAUA